GAAAGUCAUUGACAAUGCUGGGGACAAGUCCAUGCAAGUGAAGUAUGACAUGUCCAUGAAGAACCAAUUGUAUGGGAGAAGUGGGGACUUCAUCAAGGGACGAGAAUUAUUCGCAAUGAUACUGAUUAGCUUCAAGUCACCUGACCACACUGAAGUUCUCUACAACGCCCAUCAUUUAUAUAUGUUCAACUACUAUGGAGAUGACCAGCUUGAGGCCUUCUACAACAAGUGGCUUGACAUCGUAUACAACAUGAAACAUGAUGAUCUGCCUUCCAAUAAUUCCCUGCGUGACACAUUGUUCCGGAAGAUUGAACAUUCAAAGCUUAUGGCCUUUGAUAUCAACCGAUACAAAACCUUUGAUGAAGGGCAUCCUGAGAAGACCUAUGCUUAUCUAACUGGCAUGAUCAAAGGAUACAUAGCACGAGGAAAGCAAGAACGACUGUUGAAGGAUAGAGAACGUGCAGUGAAACUGUCAUUGUCCUCUACCAAGACGACGCCUGCCCUGGAAGAUGCUGACAAACCUGCUGCUCCCAUCAAGACCAAGAAGGAGAAUGAAGCAGCCGCAUCGUCUACAGGUGAUCCUCCCAAACGACCUAAAGCGAAGGCGAAGAGUGAAGCUGCCUCAGUCCUUCCAACGCCUUCUCCGAAAUCUCAUGCCGACAAGAACAACAAGAAAGGCUAA